AAGGCCGCCAGGGCCGGCCUGCAGCGCGCCCAGGCAUGGAGGGCCAGCGGCGGCCCGGCUGGUUCGGGUUUGGGUUUCGCGGUUUCGGGCAGGCCCUGGGCUCGGAGCGGGGGCUGCGGAGUAGCUUACUCGGGCCUGAACCGCUAGUGUUGGAGGACACCGGAAGGAGAGACCCGGAAAAAGCCCAGGCUUCGGUCACCGACGUCUGCCAAGUGCGGCCAAGCUGGAGUUUCACCGGCUUCUUGACACGAGAUGGCUGCCUGGUGCUGACUGGCUCUGUGAACGGCCAGCUCUCUCGCUGCAGGGACCUGCUGGUCUCGGAACAACAUCUGGUAGUGCUUCGAAUGGAGGCUGAGGGAACCCCAGCUGAGGUGCAGGCCUGGGCUGCAGCCCCUGAGCUGCAAGGGGAGCCACUGUGGACACAACAGCUCCUGCAGCCGGGAGGCUGGAAGAAGGAGCCUGGGUCUGGGGACCAGGCUGGAGGCCCUGGCAAAGGCCCACUGGACUCUGCUUUGCUCCCCUUAGUUCCUGAGCCUGGAUGGUAUGUGAGUCCCCGGCAGCCUUUUUCCCAGACCCUGUCUCCUGAGCUGAAGGCCCGCCAGCUUGUGCUGGGGGCAGAGCAUGUCCUGCUGCUGGGUGGAAUGGGGCAGGUGUAUACAUGGGGCACAGGCAGACUUGGCCAGCUGGGCCAUGGGGGCCUGGAGGCAGAGCUGGAGCCCCGACAGGUGGAAGCACUUCAGGGCCUAGCCAUGGGCCAAGUCGCAGCUGGGGGAUGGCAUUCUCUCUGCGUGAGUGAUUUUUUUUCAGAGGCUGGUGAUCUCUAUGUCUGGGGCUGGAAUGAAUCUGGGCAGCUUGCACUGCCUUCCAGAGCCAUAGCAGAAAGAGAGAAGACAGUGGCAGGUGCUUCUGGGCUCUACUCGUGCAGUCCUGAAGCAAAGAUACCAGCCAAGGAUGGGGAUGGAGACCCUGCUCAGUUCAUCUCAAUCCAGGCUUUCCCAGCAUUAUUGGAUCUUCCUGGUGGUUCUGAGGUCAGCAAGGCCAGCUGUGGAUCCCGACACACAGCUGUGGUAACACGAGUUGGUGAACUCUACACUUGGGGCUGGGGUAAAUAUGGACAACUUGGUCACAAGAAUACAGUCAAUUUGGAUCGGCCUCAACGGGUAGACUAUUUCACAGACAAUCUGCUCCAUGUUGAAGCUGUGAUCUGUGGCCCAUGGAACACUUAUGUGUAUGCCGUCAAAGGGAAGAUCUGACCUUCCGGCCAACUGGACAAAAAGCCUUCAUGGCCGAAGAAUCGGAGUCGAUUGUGUGUUCCUAUGCCUUUUUAUAGGUGCAGAAAACAAAUUAGAAAAAAAGGGGUGGAAAACCCUUGCCCCCAUUUAUAUCUAUAUUAGUAUUAGCAAUUCUUAGCAAGAAAUCAACACCCUAAUUUUAAGGAAUCUUUUUACCUCUAGCCCAACCCUAAAAUUUGCUUUGUUAGAAAUCUUGAAAAACUUUCAGGCAAAAUAAUUCACAUCUCCUAAAGUUACCUAUCUUUGGCAGUUUUGAAAUGCUAAUGACAGAUAUAACUUUAAGCAUUCAUAGCUGUUACAGUUCUGUACAACCUUACCCAUAGCUUGGAUGGUUUUGCUUUAGCCAAAAAUUAUAACUGAAGCCUCUGGUGAUGUACUCCUCUCCACUUAGAGACCAGUUUUCAAAACCCUGUUCUACAGCUGGGUAGAACCUGUUGAGGCUUGGGUUCCCUUUUUUCCUAUCACAGGAGCCACAUCCUAGGAAAGUAAGGCCUGAGAGGGGAGUCUGUGCAUGAAGAAUGUCAAAUUGUGGGAAGAAAUGAAGAUGUUUUGGCUGUUGCUUUGCAGUAUUGAAAAAAGGGUAGAAAAUAUUUAUUCAUGGGAAAACUAAAUCAACUGAGGCAAGCAGGGAGACCUGAAAAAAAAAACUUAACACUCCCUCCCCUACCCCCAUUCUUAUUUCUUAGUCAAAUAAGAACUUACAGGGUCAAAUUUCAUCCUAAAUGUCAGAAUAUCAAACUCAUGGUGAGGAAUUCCUCGGUUCUAGAUUAGGAACUGAAUUCUAAUAUUUAGAGUUGGGAGUGAGGGAAGAAGGUAGCAUACCCUUCAAAAGGACAUCUUUGAUACUUCCUACUUUAGAGAUUUCAUAUUUUAUUGAAAUGUUUUGUUUUCAUGUUAGAAUUGUCCCAACCUAAUGGACCAUUUUUUACUGCAUGAAGUAAUGAUAUAUUUUUGCUAUGACUAGAAAAGAUGUGGAAAGCCAGCAAGCAUGUGAUCCUCAGCUGAGUUUAGUAGCAAUUUCCUUUACAUACCAAAUAUGCCACAGGGGUCUAAAGAGAUCAAAUGACUUUCUCAUUAAACUAUGAAGUCUUCCAGCUUGUCAGUUAGGGCUCUUCCCACUCUACCUCACUCCUCUUGGUCUUAGUUUUAUCUUAUAAUGAGGUCUCAGGUCCCACAUGAGGGAGGAGAUGGCUGCUUCAGGGCAUGUAGGAGAGCAUUCUCUCACUCUGCAAAGCCCACAUAUUAACUUCACUGAUAGUUUCUUGUACUAUAAAAGGCUCUACUUUUUCAUAUUCCAAUUCUGAUUUGUAAAAUAUAGAGGUAUCCCAAUUUAUAUAUUGCAUUCCUAAAAAAACCCCAUUUUUAUACAUUAUCAACCUUUGUUAAUUUGUUAUGUAAAUAAAUCACAUAA